AUGGCAAUUUCUUCCACCUUCUUGUCUCCCUUCCUUUUCCUGUGCGUGCUGGUUCUUUCUGACAUCAGUCUUGCAGUCUCCCUGGACCCUGCCACAAAGCUCAAAAAUGUCCCAGAGAACAACAAUCAUCUUCAAAAUCAAGAGAUGUGGCUGCAGCAGCCCAGAGGUGGGCACCACCACAAGCAUGGCUUGGCCAAGAAGGUCCAUGCCAUGCCUUCUAGAGGGCGGCCAGCUGGGGAAGAGGCCCUCAGAAUGGGUAGCAGAGCUCCAGCUGUGGAAGAGCUGGCAGCAGAGGGACAGCCAGCAGCCCUGAAACAGAAUAAGGAUGUGUUCCUGGGUUUUGAGUUCCCAUAUCCUGAGAGGGAGAACCAGUCUCCUGGGUCUGAGAGAGGAAAGAAACAGAACCGAGAGCAUCGGCGACACAGCCGCAGGGACAGGCUGAAACACCACAGAGGGAAGAUUCCUGAUGCUGGGCCAAGCUCCCUGUACAAGAAACCUGAAAGCUUUGAAGAACAGUUUCAAAACCUCCAGGCAGAGGAAGCUACAAGUCUGACUCCCACCAUGCUUCUCUUCACUGCACUGGAACUAGCUGUUUCCACAGAAGAGCCUCCUGUUCUUCCAGCCACAUCACCACGGUCACAGGCCCGCCUCAGGCAAGAUGGGGAUGUGAUGCCCACCCUAGAUAUGGCACUCUUUGACUGGACAGAUUAUGAGGAUCUCAAACCAGAAAUGUGGCCAUCUGCUAAAAAGAAAGAGAAACGCCGCAGUAAGAGCCCCAACAGUGGAAAUGAAACUGUGACGGCUGAAGGAGAGCCAUGUGAUCAUCACCUUGACUGCCUCCCAGGCUCUUGCUGCGACUUGCGUGAACACCUCUGCAAACCACACAAUCGAGGCCUUAACAACAAAUGUUAUGAUGACUGUAUGUGCACUGAAGGGCUACGCUGUUAUGCCAAAUUCCACCGGAACCGAAGAGUGACCCGGAGGAAAGGGCGCUGCGUGGAGCCCGAAUCGGCCAACGGAGAGCAGGGAUCAUUCAUUAAUGUUUAGGAGGGUGGGACUCCUGCCUGGAUGGUCAGGAGCUGGGGUCAAGCUGUUUAUACCUAGCAAUGGGAAUUAGAUGAAAAAGUCAAGCAAAUGACUGAAGCUGCAGGCUCUGAACAUGCCAAGGUUCCAACAAGACUGAAGCUCAUGUUACUUAUAAAUAGAGUGGCCUAAGCCUUUUCCAUACCAGGACUGCAUUCCCCCUCCUUUCCCUCAGCACAUUCCUGCCAUUGAGCUGGAUCCCCUCUCCUGGUUAGUAAGAGAUGAUCAUGACUACCGUUCUGAUGGCAAGAGAUGAAAGAUCCUUCAAGCCAAAGGGGAUAUGAGCUUAAACUUUACCCUUUAGCUAUUGUUUGAGAAGAAAGGUAGAUCCUCCUUAAGGAUCAGAGGUUCCUAGAGGAUAGGAAGCUUGUAGCCUCCAGGCGGAAUCAAAGAUGGGAAAUGGACCAGCAGGAAGCUGGCUGCCUAGGUGAGAGGGGACCCUCUGACACAGCUCUCACUCUCUCCCUUGUUUGCUGCUAUAGACAGAUAUUCCCUAGCUGUUACACACACUACCACUUCCUACCUGUCUUCUUUGGGACCAUCCAGUCCCACUCCUUCCUUGCUUCCAGAGAACCACCUGGUUUCUGCAAGGAUGUGGCAAGACAUCCCAGCCUGCAGCUCUCACUCAUUUAGUUAUCCUGCCAAGUCUGUUAUUUUUAAUGAUUAUUUUUAGGAGCUUUCUGGGGAAGUGAUAGUUUUCCUAGUGAGCCAAAAAUAAAGUUUUUGGUAACAGGAGAUAGGGACAGGCUGUUCCGUUGUAGUAAAUCCUGUGACAUGUUGCAUGUGUGUUUCCAUGAUAUGUAAAUAAAGAUAUGAUAGAU